AUGGAAGUUGGACGGGAGAUACAAUCUGUCCUGCGCUGUGGGCUGUGCAACAAGCCGUUCGACAAGCACCCUGAGCCCUAUUCGGGGAUUGUGAAUCCCGAAUUAUCCAGCGAAGUCGAUCAUCUCAAUUGGGAUGAUUAUGAUACUGGCCUUGAUCUUGAUUUCACCGGCUUUGACUUUCUGGUCCCUAUGCUCCAGGCAAACGAAAAGCCAGCUGAAUAUCAGUAUCCAAUACCCACUUCACUCCCCACGGACACAGUUCAUCAUUCAACACCUUCUCCUUUUUCAGCUGGCGCAGUCCAACCCCAGCAAUUUUAUCCUCAAUCGACGAUCCCACCCCUCCCAAGCCUCCCUCGCCUUCUGAUCUAUCGACCGGAAUCAACCACCGGUGGGAAGAGAACAACAAGUCUCAUCCUGCACACCCUCAAGUCCUACCUCGUGAUGAUGCUGCGCGAGAAUACACUCCCCCCAUUUAUCCAUCCUCACUCAGCACAUUCAUCUUCCCUUCCGCCGGAUAUGCGCGCCCAGGAUAGCUACAACCCGCUAGGUAACUGCAUAUCCCUAGUUCAAACACUCAGCGCCUCCCGGGGAAAGAACAGAAAAUUAUUCUGGGGGUGUGUCCAAACCGAAUGUACCAAGAUGUGCUCAAGAGACUACCAGUCCAAGCUAAAUAGGUGGGAGCUGCUAGGCGCAAUGCAGGCGCUGUCAGUGUAUAUUCUCAUUCGGCUGGACGAGGGGGAGACCAAGGACAAUAAUUUGGAUUUUCUGUUUCUGGCUUCUGCUACUGAUGAAGGAGUAACCUGGAUGGGGUGGAUCUUCGAAGAAUCGAGACGACGGUUAUCCAUAGUCUACCGAAUCAUCAACAUGCUUGUAUACUUCGAACCCGCGGCCAGAUGCGACCUCCCAACAGAUCUAGUCCUUGCGCCACUGCCGGCAAAGAAGCCCCUCUGGGAGGCAAACGACGAAGUUGUGUGGAAGGCUGAAACCGAGAGUGCCCCCAGGCUUCAUCAGACGGCGUUUGGGAUAGCUGUGAGCGGCAGUCUAGUUAGGUUGGAUAAAGAGAAUGGCUGUCGGGAAGAUGAUGUUCUAUCUCAUAUGGCUUUGGACGCGGGGAGUGUCUCUAGGAAUCCUGCAGAUUGGGAGGAGUGGUGUUCUGGUAUGGAUGGGUUUGGGGGGCUUGUUAUGCUUGCUGCUUCGUUGGUUGUAUAG